ACAUACUUAUGUCAUACCACGUAUAUUUCAUUUCUCGCCUUUCGUUGUGAGUUACUGCGCAGUGUGCUCCGCAGGCCGAGCAGCCAGCAGCUUUCAUCUUUCUCGAGUCGGGAUGCGUCCCGAAAGUCAUUAAAAAAAAAGUGACAACCUUUAUAUCCGCGACCGUACAGAUCGGGACUAAUGUUACCAGCCAUGGUAGUUGAUGUUAAAAAGAGACAACACGGCCCCAGCUUAACUAUCUCUCUCUAACCGCUCGGUAUCGUGGAUGGACUAGGGCUCCUUCCAGUAUGGUUAUAUUUAUAGUUCAAUGCUUUAGAGCGCUGACGUUGAAAAUUUCAAGAUUUCGGGAAAACAAUGCAUAUUGGUUAGAAAUUUAUUGAUGCAUAGUUACAUCAGUUAAUUUUAAUUUGAGGAGAUUAUUGCAGUUAUCAACAAAGUGCAAGAUUACAAUAUGCAUACAGUUCUAACGCGUGGAAAUGCUAUCUUAGCAUAUACGUUAAGUGUAUCAGCCUGCCUCACAUUUUGCUGUUUUCUUUCAACGGUAUUUAUCGAUUACAGAGCGAACGCAACGUUAAAUACAGUUAAAGUUGUUGUGAAAAAUGUUCCAGAUUAUAGCGCAUCGAGGGAAAAGAAUGACUUGGGUUACUUAACUUUUGAUCUACAAACUGAUCUCACUCCAUUAUUUAAUUGGAAUGUUAAACAGUUAUUCUUAUAUUUAACAGCAGAAUACCAAACAGAGAAUAAUGAAUUUAAUCAGGUAGUAUUAUGGGAUAAAAUAGUACUUCGUGGAGACAAUGCUCUACUUGACUUCAAAAACAUGAAUACAAAAUAUUACUUUUGGGAUGAUGGCAAAGGUCUUAGGGGAAAUAGGAAUAUUACUUUAACAUUAUCUUGGAAUAUUAUACCAAAUGCUGGAUUGUUACCUAGUGUUAAUGCUUUUGGGUCCCACACUUUUGCAUUCCCAUCUGAAUAUACCACAUUGCGUGUAUAAUAUUAUAUAUAGCACAUACAUUAUAAUUUUGAUUAUAUGAUCUUUUUAUU